AUUAACACAUGUACGCAACUUAUUUGUCUUGAUAACGGAUUAGACACCGGUUGGCGCAUCGAGUUAGAGUGUGGAACGCCGUAAGUUGUGCAAGCACGUCUAAUUACGACAUUGUUUCAUAGAUGCUCUGAAUCAGUCGCCGUUCCGAGCGCACGCCGGAAGAUUGUCGGCAUGAUGGCGAAGAGCAGAAAUUUCUUGUUCGUUCUUGUCUGGCUAUCGCUGUUGGUCAGUGCCGGUAUACAUCUUUUCUCGAAGGGGUUUCUCUUGACCAGAGUUGCUCAAACCGAAAGUAGCUCGUGCGUUAAAUAUGAAGACUACCAAUGCGGCCAUACAGCGUCUAUGGGAAAGGGAGGUUGCAAUGGAACCGAGAAAGUCGCUUCGAUUCUUCGCGACGUCAACGGCUCGUCGGGGAUUUGUUUCCCUCCGAAGGCAAAAGUUAUUCUGCUCGUAAUCGAUGCGCUGCGAUAUGAUUUUGGUCUGUUCGAUCCGACCAACCGGCAACCGGCGGCGUACGAAAACAAUCUUCCCAUUCUGCAGGAGUUGCUGCGUAAACAUCCGGACCAUAGUAGGCGUUUAAAGUUCAUAGCCGAUCCACCGACGACUACGUUGCAGCGACUGAAGGGCAUAACAACCGGUAGCCUGCCAACGUUCAUCGACAUCGGUUCCAACUUUGCCUCGCCCGAAAUCAACGAAGACAAUCUGAUCGACCAGCUGGUGCGACACAAUCGAACGACCGUUUUUCUCGGUGACAACACCUGGACGGAGCUGUUCCCGAAUCGGUUCACACGGGAAUACGCCUAUCCGAGUUUUAACAUCUACGAUCUUGACACGGUCGAUACGGCCAUUGAGAAGUACUUGCCGCGGGAGAUGGCACGCGACGAUUGGGAUAUGAUUGUGGCACACUUUCUGGGUGUAGAUCACUGUGGCCACCGGUAUGGACCAAUGCACGAAGAAAUGCGCCGAAAGCUGGGAGAGAUGAACGAUGUGAUCAGGAAUGUUACGGAGCAGAUGGCUGACGGUACGACGCUGAUCGUGAUCGGUGAUCAUGGGAUGACGAAGACGGGCGACCAUGGUGGCGAAACAACGGAAGAGGUCGAAGCACUGUUGUUUAUGUACUCCAAGGGAACCCCAUUGCUGGCACGCGAUUACGAUGGUAACAGCGAUACGAUGCAACAGAUCGAUCUCGUCCCAACGCUGGCUACCAUAAUGGGCGUUCCGAUCCCGUACUCCAACCUCGGCCAGAUCAUAUUCCAACUCCUGCCCGACACACUCGUCGAUUCGUUCCUGCGCUACCAACUCGCACUUGUUCAUCUGUGGCAAAAUACGCGACAAAUCGAACGAUACUUCCAGCGCUACGCGGAAUCAAGCGCAGGCACGUUUGCCGUCGAUCAUCUCGAUGAGUUGGAUAACAAAUUCCUCAUACUCACCCAGCGCGUUAACACCGUGUACACCGAAGCGGCCUUCCAGAGCUUGUCGAGCGAUUUGCGCGGCUACCUGAAGGACAUACUCGAAGGCUGCCGGGAGAUUUGGGUCAAGUUUGAUCCGAAGCUUAUCCUGCACGGCCUACUGAUUACAUUUUUAGUAUGCUUUUCGAUUGCCAUCCUCUUCAUCAACUCCACGCCGUACCAGCUGGGCCAGAUGUUCAAUGACAGCGUCAUAUCGUACGCCCUGCUCCUCACCGCGCUCGCCAUUCCAACGGGAUACUUUUUCUACGCCGAUUUGGGCCUCAGCUCGGCCGAACACGGAGCCAUCCUGCUUUCUGCCUUCGCCAACGUUGGGCUGUUCGCGUUCGUACUCGUCCAGAACUGGGUGGCGAUCGCGGAGAAUAUGGCCGAUUUGAAGCGUGCCGCUAACGUGUUGACUCGGGUUUCCUUCGUUUACACCACGUGCGUGUUCUUUUCGAACAGUUUCGUCGUGGAAGAGCCGCGCAUUCUGUCCUACGUGCUGAUGGGCUUCUUCCUGGCCGCACUCUACACCUUACACGGACUAGGGGGGAAGUUUGCCAUGCCACGGUUUAAGUUGACGCUCUUCCGAAAGUCCAUGCUGGUGAAGCUCGUCGGCUUGACGCUGUUUGCCGUUGUGUUGAUUCGACUGUCCAAGAACUACUACCGAUGCCGCGAGGAGCAGGCCAACUGCACGGAUUACCUGGUGAAAGCGCCGACUCCGACACCGGACGGGCAGAGAAAACGGAUCGCUUCCAGCGCUGACUUCCUGCCGAUCGUAGCGCUCGUAGUUUACGUCGUUUGCUCACGGCUGUACCUGCGAGCGUGCGGGAACCUUACCGGGAUGGGUUUGCAUGUGCUGAUGGCUCGCUAUGGUCCGACGGUGGCAGUUGUGUGCGCCUGUGGACACUUUACCAUCGCAAAAACGAACGCCCAGGGUAUACCUCAGCUGCACGUGGAUGCCCUCGCUUGGGUCGUGUACGGACUGUUGAUUGUGCAGCUUGUCAUACUGGCCGUCAGGCCGCUGCUUGUCUUCGUCCUUCCCAAGCGCAAGGAGGUGAUGAACGUGCUGUACAACGAUCGCAACGUCGCAUCGGAAAUCUACAAACAGUUGAAGGAGAACUACAACCGCUCGGGUGGUGCCCGUACUCCCGCCGACGUUGCCGAGAUUCCUAUUGUUUGUGGAUUGGCAACCGUUUAUUCGUCGGUGUUUGUUGCUACCGGCACCAUCCUCAGUGUUGUGCUGGCCAUGCUGCUCGGUUCCCAUGGCACGAUGGGGUUGAUGAUUGUAAUUGCGGUCGCCGUGGCGUACGGUAUCCUGGCGUCGAUCAUGCAAUACGAAGGAUCCACCAACCUGCAGAGCUUCAUCCAACCAACGUUCCGCACGCUACUCACGUGGAUCAUCCUGCAGCAGUUUGGGUUCUACGCGACCGCUCAUCAGCCGACACUUUCGCAAAUCGAUUGGAACGCAGCUUUCGUUGGGCGGACGUAUCACUUUGACGGCAGCAAUGUCCUCUCCGCAGUGCUGGUGCUGCUCAACACCUACUCAACCACGUUCCUCCUGUCGGUGCUCUUCCCACUGAUCGUACUCGUGCCUUUCUGCGUGUACACCAUGUGGCCCUCGCUGACACAGCAGCGAACACCACCGCAAAGCACCAAAAAAAGUCCCUCGGCAGGAGGGGGCUCGAAACCGGCCACCACCAACGGAGAACCAACCGUUGUCCGCAAGGUCGGAGUGGACGGUGGAAGCGUGGAGUAUCGAAGUGUCACUGUAAACCAAUCGGAAGAAACGGCUGAAGCAGGAUCAGAGGAGCCUGGUGUAAAAGCUACUACCACCAAAGCGGUCGACUUUGAUGUCACCAAGGGCGAGCUUAAUUUGUACGAAAAUGAGAAACUAUUUCUCGGUACCGUGUUCAAGACUGGUUGCCUUCUACUGUUGCUGCAGUCCAUUAGGAUAUUUUGUGCCAUGUUUGCCUGUGCGCUGCACUGCCGCCAUCUGAUGGUGUGGAAGAUCUUCGCACCGCGCUUCAUCUACGAAGGUAUCGGCAGCUACGUGAUGUUCGUCGGUCUCAAUCUGGGCUUUCUGCUGCUACUGCGGGUGCAUCGCUCCGUUGGCGGACUGAUAACGGCCAUCAACAAGAAACGAUAAAAGGAAUGAUGAAGCGGGCGGCAGUCAGGGAACGACGGUGGCGAUGAGAUGGGCAAUCUCGACGUAGGUACUUCUCAUACCGACUAUUCACGCCCUCCAUUCGAAUUUCCCGCCAUCUACUUCUCAAGUUGCCUCUUUAGUAUCUCGCUGGUAGGAGAAACGAGGAGCGUAAAGUAAACUACAUCUCCGAUCGUCGCCUUCCUCUGCACUGCGCCACCGACGACGUGGUUGUUUAUUUAUUAUAUCGGAGCGAGUAUAAUCAUCACCAUCCCCCCGUUUUGAACCAUUGAUUAAUAGUACGGGAAGAAGUUAGGUUGUAAUUUGUAGGUUUAUUAGAGGACAAAGCUCAUGCGAGCAAAGAAGUCAUGGUAUCCGGAGCGGAAUUUUUCCGGGACGCAUUUGAAACUAUAUCGUUGAACUAUCGGUUUUUUUAUGUUUAUCAUUUGAUUGAAGUAGUGGCAACGGAAGAAUCGAUUAGUUCUCUUCGUUAUUCCUAAGUUAAUGCUUAA